UUGAAGCUACUCCCGUGCUUGUUUUUCCAGCCUCGAGUCUUCGGGCUUUGUCGUGUAUCUCCGGAGCUAGUUGUUGCUCGUCUGAGAGCACUGAACGAUGAUUGACAAUAAUGGCGACGCGUUUAUUCUGAGUUGACUCCAGGGAACCAUCUCUGGUUGACAAAGGGAACACCUUGGAUUGAUUUUCAGCAACACAGACAACAAACGUUUGGAUAAUCUACCCCCAGACGGACUACAUUGACCCCAGCGACCAGGACCUGCUGGUCGGGAGAGGUUUAUCAAGCUAGCAUUGCGAUAGCUAGCAACUCAGCUCGUUAGCUCGCUAAGUUGAAGAGGUGGCAUUCUUGUGUGUGGAGUAGAGGAGAGGGACAGACUGUGUGCACAGAGCUGAGAUUUGGCUGGGCUGGCAAUGUGGCCGCUCAGAAUAAUCGGGGGUAUAUAGUGGGUUUUUUUUUCAGGGGCAGCGUUGAGGAGACUCAGGCUUGCAGUCGACGUUAGCUUGUGUGAACAGUUUUUUGUAGGUCCAGCAGCUUUCUUCAAUAGCUAAGUUAGCUAGCAGGAUAGCUGUGAGGAUUGUUCCUUUCUUUCCUGUUAGGACUUGCUUUGCACUUACAUUUUGAACUGUUCACCACAGCUUGCUAGCAACGACGUCUAGCCUGCUAUCUAUCAAGUAUUUUUGGAGUAUUGUGAGACCAGGUUUCUGAAAUGACCACCGGCAGGAAUAACCGAGCGAUGAUGGAAGGAGUUGGGGCGAGAGUGGUCCGUGGACCGGACUGGAAGUGGGGGAAGCAGGAUGGUGGAGAAGGACAUGUUGGCACCGUGAGGAGUUUCGAAAGUCCAGAGGAGGUGGUUGUAGUCUGGGAUAAUGGGACCGCUGCAAACUACCGAUGUUCUGGAGCCUACGACGUGAGGAUACUAGACAGCGCUCCAACAGGCAUCAAGCAUGAUGGAACCAUGUGUGACACCUGCCGUCAACAGCCCAUCAUCGGUAUCCGCUGGAAAUGUGCUGAGUGCACCAAUUAUGACCUCUGCACAACCUGUUACCAUGGAGACAAGCAUCACCUGAGACACCGGUUCUACAGGAUCACCACCCCGGGCAGUGAGAGAGUACUUUUGGAGUCACGUCGCAAGUCGAAGAAAAUCACAGCCAGAGGCAUCUUCACUGGCGGUCGAGUGGUGAGGGGAGUGGACUGGCAGUGGGAAGACCAAGAUGGAGGCAAUCUACGGAGAGGAAAGGUGACAGAGAUCCAGGACUGGAGUGCAGCCAGCCCUCACAGUGCUGCCUACGUUCUGUGGGACAAUGGGGCCAAGAACCUGUACCGAGUUGGCUUUGAGGGGAUGUCGGAUCUGAAAUGUGUCCAGGAUGCCAAAGGAGGCUCUUUUUACAGAGACCACUGUCCUGUUUUAGGUGAACAGAAUGGCAACAGAAAUCCUGGUGGUCUCCAGAUUGGAGACUUGGUCAACAUUGACUUAGACCUUGAAAUCGUUCAGUCCCUGCAACACGGUCACGGUGGGUGGACUGACGGCAUGUUUGAGACGCUCACCACCACCGGCACAGUAUGCGGCAUUGAUGAGGAUCACGAUAUUGUCGUUCAGUACCCCAGUGGAAACAGAUGGACAUUCAACCCAGCAGUGCUGACAAAGGCCAACGUGGUGCGCAGCGGUGAGGUAGCAGCCGGCGCAGAGGGAGGCAGUUCCCAGUUCCUGGUGGGAGACCUGGUCCAGAUUUGCUACGACAUCGACCGCAUCAAGCUGCUGCAAAGAGGCCACGGAGAGUGGGCUGAGGCCAUGCUGCCUACCCUAGGCAAGGUGGGCCGCGUGCAGCAGAUCUACUCUGACAGUGACCUGAAGGUCGAGGUUUGUGGAACCUCCUGGACGUACAAUCCUGCCGCUGUCACAAAGAUUGCUCCCUCUGGUUCUGCUGUCAGCAACGCAUCUGGAGAGCGCCUGUCUCAGUUGCUGAAAAAGCUAUUUGAGACACAAGAAUCUGGAGAUAUUAAUGAGGAGCUGGUAAAAGCAGCAGCCAAUGGAGACCUGGCCAAGGUGGAGGACAUCCUUAAGAGACCUGAUGUCGAUGUGAACGGACAGUGUGCUGGACACACUGCGAUGCAGGCAGCCAGUCAGAAUGGUCACGUGGACGUCCUCAAGCUGCUGCUUAAACACAAUGUGGACCUUGAAGCCGAGGACAAAGAUGGAGACCGGGCAGUGCACCACGCAGCCUUUGGUGAUGAGGGCUCUGUCAUUGAGGUGCUGCAGAGGGGCGGUGCUGACUUGAAUGCCAGGAACAAGCGAAGGCAGACUCCAUUACACAUAGCUGUUAACAAGGGCCAUCUGCAGGUGGUCAAAACCCUGCUGGACUUUGGCUGCCACCCCAGCCUCCAGGAUUCAGAGGGGGACACACCCCUGCACGAUGCUAUAAGCAAGAAGAGAGAUGACAUGCUGUCUGUGCUGCUGGAGGCAGGUGCUGAUGUCACCAUCACCAACAAUAAUGGCUUCAAUGCUUUGCAUCAUGCUGCCCUGCGAGGAAACCCCAGUGCCAUGCGUGUGCUGCUGUCCAAACUGCCGAGGCCUUGGAUCGUAGACGAGAAGAAGGAUGAUGGUUACACUGCACUGCACCUGGCUGCCCUCAACAACCACGUGGAGGUGGCUGAGCUGUUAGUGCACCAGGGCAGCGCCAGCUUGGACAUCCAAAAUGUCAACCAGCAGACAGCCUUACAUCUUGCAGUGGAGCGUCAACACACUCAGAUAGUCCGGCUGCUGGUGCGUGCAGAGGCCAAGCUUGACGUGCAGGACAAGGAUGGGGACACGCCACUUCACGAGGCACUGCGUCACCACACGCUGUCCCAAUUGCGACAACUCCAAGAUAUGCAGGACGUCAGCAAAGUGGAGCCCUGGGAACCCUCCAAGAACACAUUAAUCAUGGGUCUGGGCACCCAGGCAGAGAAGAAGAGCGCCGCAUCCAUCGCCUGCUUCCUGGCAGCAAACGGAGCAGACUUGACCAUUCGUAACAAGAAGGGCCAGUCCCCUCUGGACUUGUGUCCCGACCCCAGCCUCUGCAAAGCUCUGGCCAAAUGUCACAAAGAGAAGAGCAGCGGCCAGGUGGGCACCCGCAGCCCGUCUCAGAACAGCAACAUCGAGUCGUUGGAGGAGUGUAUGGUGUGUUCGGACAUGAAGAGAGACACUCUGUUCGGGCCGUGCGGACACAUCGCCACCUGCUCCCUCUGCUCGCCUCGUGUCAAGAAGUGUCUCAUCUGCAAGGAUCAGGUCCAGUCCAGAACCAAGAUUGAGGAGUGUGUGGUCUGCUCUGACAAAACCGCCGUGCUGUUCCAGCCCUGUGGUCACAUGUGCGCUUGUGAGAACUGUGCCAGCCUCAUGAAGAAGUGCGUACAGUGCCGGGCUGUGGUGGAACGCCGCACCCCCUUUGUUCUGUGCUGUGGAGGGAAAGGUAUGGAGGAUGAUGCCGCUGAUGAUGAUGAUGAUGAUGAUGAUGAUGAUGAUGAUGAUGACCUUAGGAGCUCUAACACUAUGGCAGGGGGAUCGCAGGAUCUUCUCCAGCCCAACAAUCUGGCUCUAAGUUGGUGUAAGUAUAACCUCUAUGAUCCCCUCCCCUUAUCAGAACCCUCAGAUCAGAUCCCCACAGUGCUGCCCUGGCCCCGAUCUCCCCUCCCCUCAAACCCUUCUCCCUUUCUCUUUCACGCACACACACACACACACACACACACACACACCACCACACACACACACACACACACACACACACACACCACACACUCCAUAAACUGAAUAAAGUGAUACAGUACAAAUGUGGUGCAUAUGCCAAGAAUCACACUGGUGCAUGUAUUCAGGUUGUUUCUCACUGGUUUCAUUACACAUAUACAUGCUGUGGCUCUUAUUUUGCAAGAACUUUAUUCUAUGAUGUUUUUUUCUGAGAGUUUGUUUCAAAUAAUUACAAACUACAUAGUGCUAAAUUCAGCUGACAUAAUGUGAAUACAGUGCCAGCCAAGACUGCUGUAGUCCGAGUGUGAUCUGACAAAAGUAACGAAACUCAGAGAGUUUUUGUGAACAGAACUUAGAUAAAGUGUAGCUUCCAACUCACCACACGUUGGAGUAACAGCUUCUCUGUUUACUGGUAGCACAUUUUUUACAUUAUGAGGAGGCAAGAAUAACUAAACGUCCUUUUUUCCCCUCACCACACAUUUAUGCUGUCCUCCGCAAACAGCCGGAAACAUCCCGGCCUUACAAAGAGACAAAGACAACACCAACGUCAACGCGGAUGUGCAGAAGCUCCAGCAGCAGCUCCAGGACAUCAAGGAACAGACCAUGUGUCCUGUGUGUCUGGACCGGCUGAAGAACAUGAUCUUCAUGUGCGGCCACGGCACCUGCCAGCUGUGCGGGGACCGAAUGAGCGAGUGCCCCAUCUGCCGCAAGGCCAUCGAGCGCCGUAUCCUGCUCUACUAGACCCCCCGAACACCCCUCUCCUCCCACAGACUCUCUUUUCUCUUUCUCUUAAAGCCCACGCUGACCGCACCCGCAAUGCCACAAUCACACCAGCUGCUGCCGCUGCUGCUCGAUCAUCUCACAGCACCCGAGUCAGCCAGCCAAGGGCGUCCUCACAUGUCUUACUGGACACAACAAAAGCUCUCUUAAUGGUUUAAUUGUGUUCGGAUGGAAUACCUGUUACAAAACACAGAGAAAAAAUAUGAAUGGACUCUUAUCACUCGUGCUGUUCAGUUCGUCAUGUGUCCUAAAUGCAGACAGAAAGAUGCUUGCAACACAAGCGUUGCCUUUUUUUUCUUAAUUUUCUCUCUGCCUGCCAUCUUCUCAUUCUUCUCUCUGUAUAUAUUUUACACGUGAGUCUAAAUCAGCUCUUUUAGACUCAUGGUCGUGGAUAUGUACUGCAGGGGCAAGUCCCAAAAUCUGGAUUUCUUCUUGGGAUAAACUCAGAUCGAAUUCAGAAAUGUUGAGGACUGGAUUUGGAGGCGGACCUGCUACCUUUCAUGUAAGUUCUCAUGCACCUGUCGCAGUCUGUGCCAGCUGCACUCAAGUUUAUUGUAUUUGUAAAUCUUUAUGCACGUGUUUUGGUAUUGGAAGCUCCAGAUGUGGAUUUUUAAGUACUUCAGAUUUCAUGACAGUAUGGCAAAGUGUGUGACACAUUACUGUGUUUGCACCAGUGAAAGGUUCAGUGAGUGGUUUAUGCUUCAUGUGUGUGUGAUCAGUUUGGCUGUUGUGGCAUGCUGUACGCCAGCCGGCCUCUUUAAGUUUAGACCAGAUGUUGGCGGUUUUGCACUAGAAAAAGCUGAGUCAGGGUAAACACUGCUUUCUGCACUGACUCCAGAGGUCCACUUCAGCUCAGAGAUAAAAACACAGAUGGAGUUGUUGCAACUGCCAGGUAGCACACCACACCCCGCACUCUGUUUACCAAGCUGUACCAAGAACAACGGCAGUGUCGCAACACCCCAAUGAUUGUGAAUUCCAGAGACGCCGCAUCGGAUUCAAGAAUAAAAGACGAACUCAUCAAGCUUCUGUCCGGUGAUCAGCUCCUGUCGUUCCUCUUUGUUGUUCACACAAACUCACACAAUGCAAACUCUUCUGUAAGAAAAGUAUCUCAUCACAGCUUGAUGGUUAAACUGUUGAGACUUGGUGGUAUUGUCUAACGAAAAAAAAAUAGUACAAUUCAAUGAGCAUUGCUAUUUUACCAUUGACGACUCUGUUGCCAUUUCGCUUCCAAAAAAUCGACUUGUGAAUAACUUGUAUGGGGAAUAAGGUGCUCUUUAUUCUGUAUGACUUUUUUAUUUAAGUGUAUUUUCCUUUUCUCAAAUCAACAUUUAUUGAGCUAGAGAGUACAAUCUAUUAGAACACUAAGAUAAAAAUGUAGAUUAAAUUAUUUUGUAAUGCUGCCCAAAAAAGAUAGGAUUUAUAGGUUUCACUGCCCUUCCUAAUAUGUAGCCUCAAAAUCUCUCAAACAUUCUGCUUUGAUAUAAAUGUUGAUGCGGUUGUGGUGUUUUCUGUUUCGCUUUACGUUGGCUUUGGCUUUCUAGCGAUCAUCUGUAGAAGCUCUCUUUCUUUCACACAGGUCUCUGAAAGCCUCCCGUUUUUAUGUGUGAAGCUUCAAAUAAGACAUUUUGUGUCAAAAGUGUCAAGUAUCUUUUCACCAGUGUUUUAUUUAGGAGGAAAGCUAAUGAAUUUUUAAGAGAGACAGAACUCGCCUUAUCUCUGUUUAAAAGGCGGCGGCCCGUGUGGAGACUUUUUGCAACAACAUACAAGCAUUUUUUUUUCCCUUUAUGACUGAAAGCGACUUUUUUUUUUAGUACAGUUUGAUUCCUUUCAUCGAUCAUGAUAACACAAAAAGCUAGAAGCCCUAAUCGCUUUAAGGUAGAGGCUGUCUUGUUAUGGUUGUUAUAAAAAAGCCUAUUUUGUACUUUUAUUUUCAAUACCUGUAACUGUCCUGUUGGAAAUGUAUCUGUAGUAUUUCUUGGCAUGAAUGUUUGACAUAUGCAGUAACGACGUAUCAACUGUUCAGUCUGUAUUGCUAAUAAGUGCUUUUAAAACACCAUAUAGCUGAAAUAAAGUUCUCAAUGAACCA